AUGUCUGAUACCUAUCUAACAUCAUUAGGGAUUGGUAUAUCCACCUUGUUGAUCCUGGGAACCAUAUUCUACCUCCGUUCAAAUACAAAACCAUCUAAACCAGAACCAUCAAGAAAACAACCAAGAAAACCCAAAAAACCAGUCAAGAUCCUAACAUUAUUGGAGAGAUUCCAGCUAGCUUUAACCACUGUUAAUACCACUGUUAGAACUGAACUUGAGCCAGAAGUUGAAAAGUAUUAUACAGACAUCAAUCAAAUUUCACCAGAUGAUAGAUUGUAUAAAUAUAACUAUUUCCAAGAAGAAUUGUUGAAAGAAUUGAUCAAAUUGGAUGAGAUUGACUUGACACUUUUAGAUGAUGAAACAGUUAAAAAGACCUUGAAAGAUGAAAGAAAAAUUAUCAUUAAACAUAUUCAAGGUUUACAAAAGGGACUUGAUGGGUACAAAAAGGAAAAUAGCGGUAAAUAUCCAAAAAAUUGA